UCUUGUCCUCCUCAUCCAAACUUUUUUUUUUUUUUUUUUUAAAUUACAAAAUAUAAUUUGACCCAAUAAUGACAUGGUGUAAACCUACUGACAACUCGUCUGGACAUACACACUCCAUACUGUAGAUGUCUCCAGAAUCCAUACAUCCAUAGCUCCAUACAGAAACCAUAGAAGAAAACAACCAGGAAAUGUUGCACUACAACAUGAGGAAUGACUGUACUCCUGAGAGAAGCUGAUGGAGCAGCCAGCAACAAACAGGUGUGACUUGACAUGUUUACAGUCAUUCUCAAAUGCUUGAAUCACCUUUGCUCCCCGCAGAUGUGAACCAGUCUUGGAUCUUAGCUCUUGUGUUGAGUUGAAAUGGAAAAGGUGAUCAACUGUUUCAAGAGGAGCCCAGAGGCUGUGGCCAGGCUGAUAUGCUUCCCCUGGGCAGGUGGAGGCUCCAUACACUAUGCACGCUGGGGAAACGUCCUCAACAGCUCCAUAGAAGUGUUUGCUGUCAAACUUCCAGGCAGAGAGAGUCGAGCCAAAGAGCCCUUCUUUGAGAACAUGCAGCAGAUAGUGGAUGAGGUUAUCGGUGUGCUGUUACCACUGCUGAAAGAGAAGCCGUUCGCUCUGUUUGGCCACAGUUUUGGUGCCUUCACCAGUUUCGCUGUGGCAGAUGCCCUGAAGAGACUUCACAACCUUGAACCAAUUCACAUCUUCCUGUCUGGUGCCUCUGCCCCUUUUUCUGAGACACGCAUCAAAGCCCCAAAGAGAAGCGAGUUAUCUGAUGACGAUUUUCUCAAGUGGAUGAUUUCGAUUGGAGGAACUCCUCCUGAGCUGCUGGCGAACCCUGAGGUCCUGAAGCUCUUCCUUCCUGCCCUGAAGGCCGACCUACACGUUGUGGAGAACUACAAGUGCGACAAGCCAGACAAGCCGUUCCUCUCCUGCCCAGUCACGUGUUUCGAUGGAAAGGAUGACAUUCCUCAUGAUUUACAAGCUUGGAAAAGCAUCACAUCGGGAGAUUUCACCAUCAGAAUGCUCAAUGGAUCUCACUUUUACCUGAAGGAUUCUGAAAAUGAAAAGAUUAUAUUAGACUACAUCACGAAGCAGGUGGAAACAGCAGAAAUGGACUAUUUAUAGUGAAAUCAGUGAAUAUUGUUUCAUAUGACUUAAAUGCUUUUUUUUUUUUUACUAAUUCAUUGUGUUGGAAAUUAAUUCUGGAUACAUCUCAGAAAUGUGACAUUGUGUUUCAUUGUCGAUCUAUCAGUGCACCCAAUUAUUUUUUAUUAUCUAUUAAUCUGAUGGUUAUUUUUAAUCAAUUAAAAUGUUAGUUUACAAACAGAAAAUAGUCAUAACAGUGAAAAAUGACUGAAUUGCUAAAGAGGACAUUUUUUUAUUUUAUUUAAAAUUUAAAUUUUUUAAAUUACUUACUACUUUAAGCGCUGGGUAUAUUACACAUUAAUUAACAAUUUAUUAUUAUAAUUAAUCAAUUGCCAGAUUUAGCCAAAAGGCUCAUUUACAUCUGCAGUAAUAAUAUAUAAUAAUAUAAAAAAGUGAGAAGCAGCCCAUAUGUUUUUUCUCAAUAAAUUAUUAAAUUUUAUUUUUAAUUAUAAUUAUUUUUCAUUAAACUGAUGGUUAUGUUUAAUUAUUUAAUAUGUUAGUUUAGUUUUAGUAUAGUUAGUUUUGUAAAACUUAUUUAAUGACCUUACUUUAAUGUGUUAAGUGAACCACCCAUUAACAAUUAUUUAUAUUACUAUACUUACUAUAAUUUAAUUAAUAAAAUGUGCCAGAUUUAGCUAAAAGGCAAAUUUGUAUCUCCAGUAUUUAUAAUAAUCUAAAAACAAGAGAAUCAGUUAUCAAAAUCAACGAUCAAUCAGUUAUCAAAGUACCUGAGGAUUGAUAUUCUUGCAAUCUGAGUGACUAAUCAUUUCACUUAAUACACAGUGUAACUGACUACCAUAAUAAGUUUUUCAUCAUUGUUUUUUAUUUCUAAAUCCAUAUUUUAAAUUCAUACAUUUCAAACCAGGUCAGUCAAAGUGUUUUUUGUUGGAGGAACAUAAAAUAUAUUUAACUGUUUGUGCACAGAUUUGAGAAGGUGGGAAUGUCCACACAGACUUCAUUUAUCAAUAAAUAUAACACGUCUUUAUCAUA